GCUGGCUUGUGACCUCUGUUCUGCGGGCCAGGCUGAGGCUUCAGGAAAGGGCUAGCCAGUGUUCCAGGCAGGAAAAGGUGGAGCCACAGGCUGCUCUGGUCGAUCACCACCAGCCUCCUUUGUCAGUUGCUCUUAGGAGGCCCUGGACAGCAUGGCUCUGGUUUCCAUCUGUGAACAGAAGCUGCAGCACUUUAGUGCUGUCUUCCUGCUCAUCCUCUUCUUGGGAAUGACUUCAGCUGCUCCAUACUCCGAUUCACGUUUGGAUUCUGAGUGGAAGGAAUGGAAGAUGGAAUUUGCAAAAACCUACAGCCCGGAUGAAGAAGCACACAGAAGAGCAGUGUGGGAGGAGAAUAAGAAGAAAAUUGAGGCGCACAAUGCAGACUAUGAGCAGGGCAAGACCAGCUUCUCCAUGGGCCUGAAUGAAUUCAGUGACUUGACUACAGAAGAAUUCAGGGCAAAUUGCUGUGGAAACAUAUAUAGAGAAGAAAUGGCUCCUGAUUUGCCUGAACCUGAGGAUUUUGGAAAUAACAGCUAUCUGACUCCUGGGAGGGAUCAGCAGCAAGAGUAAUAGUUGUGGCUUGAUUGGUAACAACAGCAUAGCCUAAGAGUGAAGCAAGUGCUCUGCCAUUGCCUUGGGAGUCUUCUGCCUCCUGAUGUGAGAGGAAUGAUGCUGGAGAGGCUGAACAACAGGAGGCAGCCUGCCACAGCAUCUAGCACAUGCUGUGUGUAGUGCAACAUUGAAUUCAUGUAAGAUCAGCACUGUGGUCUGAGCUCUGAAGCACAUUCAUGCUAAUAAAACUACCAGAUUUACCAUGCCUUAAAGUUCUUUAAAUAAUUCCUAUAAGGAUCUUUAAUUUUUUCUUUAAAAACCUGAAUAUAUACCAUGACAUCUUAAAAUUAAAGCUAGAUUUUAAAUUA